UCAAUGUAGGAUGUAUUAUAGAUUGGAUUGGGUUGAAUUGUAAACUUCGAAUGGUAGUUUUUGUUGGGCCGGAUAUAACAAGCUUGAGCCCAAAAAUUGGCGAAAGGAAAGGUUCGGCCCAAGUGGCCUCAUAAACAGAAAAUAACUUAAAAGGCCCACUAAACUAAAAGCAUGAAAAGCCCAUAAUUUCUUCUUCUUCUUCUUCUUCCCUCAAUUCCAAAACUCUCAACACAAAAGUUAUCUUUCCACUCAUCCUUUUCUUCAUCUCUACGAAACACUCUGAAACUAACACAAACCUCAGGAUACAGAAAUGGCAAUGUCAAUGUCAAACACCACAAAGAAUUGCUUCUGCCAACCCAGAAAGCCAUUCUUUUCUCCUCUCCCUCCCUUCCAUCCAUCCAUCCAUCCAUCCAUUCCCCAUAUAUAUAAAAUCUCUCCAUCUUCUAAUUCCCUUUCCCAAAUAACUAAACUUAAUUUUUCAUGUCUUUUGCUUCAUCUCGCCAUACCAGAUCCUCUUUCCAUUUCUACUGGUGCCACCAAUGCCACCGGAUGGUCACCCUCGCCACCGCUGGAGACCCGUCCGAGCUCAUCUGCCCACGCUGCUCCGCCCAGUUCCUUGAAGAGCUCCAUCUCACCCGCCCCCAAUUCGAUAACUCUCCCGAGACUCGUUUACUUCAAGCCCUCUCCCUAAUGCUCGACCCCCCGGUUCGGCUCUUUAGACUCCCUGACCUUGACCGCCGUCGUCCGACGUCGCACCAAUUCGACAAUUUCGACCGACGAUCGUUUAGUGAUCCAGAAGGUGACGAAUGGUUCCACUGGCGAACCCGGCGACGCAAUCGAAGCCUGGACGAGAGGGACAACUCCAGCCUGCAACCCCCAAAUCAGAACCGGUCUCGAACUGUCAUCAUUCUCAGACCCACAGACCAAUCUCGGCCGGUUCAGCCCAUAAUACCGCCGAGAACAGACCCAAGAGACUACUUCACUGGACCACGACUCGACGAGCUAAUCGAAGAACUAACACAGAACGACCGGCCAGGGCCGCAGCCAGCGAGCGAGGCAGCAAUAGAGCGAAUCCCAACGGUGAAGAUAGCGGCGGAGCAUUUGAAGAACGACUCAGCGUGUCCAGUUUGUAAGGAGGAGUUCGAGAUUGGGGAAGAAGCAAGGGAAUUGAUGUGCAAGCAUGUAUACCAUUCGGAGUGCAUAGUGCCAUGGCUACGACUUCACAACUCAUGUCCGGUUUGCAGGCAGGAGAUGCCGCCAUCACCGCCGGAGAAUCAAGAGGCAGAAAGUUCUGAAGAUGGAGAAGGAGAAGGGAUUGGGAGAAGAUGUACCAGGUGGUGGGGUCAGUUGGUGAAUAGGCCAUUUCGGAGUAGAUAUAGGCAGAUCAGCCCUCCACAGGACCGCCACAAUUCUUCUUCUAGAUAUUAUAGUGGCUAAUAGCAUUGAUAUAAAAUACAAGGGGUAUUCAAUUAAAUAAAAGCUUGUAUGAGCGAGCAUACACUAAAGAUGCACAUACAAUAAUUAAGGGUCUCCCAACAAUGGUGUAUUCUUAACAGUCAUUAUCUGUCUAAUGGGCAGCAAAAUCAUGUUCAAAACUAAGCAAAUAUCUCAGCAUCAUUUCCCUAUUUCCCAUUAUUCUAAAACUUCGGGAUAAGAAAUAAUUGAUAUACUUCAUAGAAAUAGGAAAAGAAAACGAAAGAAAGCUACUCCAUAUGACAAAAUAGAAAAGUAAGGCACAUAGUAAACUUGGUGAUCAAGGCAUCCCUUCUUCUAAACAAAUUAUAGGUUCAUUUUCCUCUACUCUAUAUUUGGUAAGGUAGUAUUAGAAAUAAAUAGCAAAUAGAAAUUUGAUCAAAUUUUCCAAACUGGAAAUAAAAAACAUAAAAAGUUAUUU